AAAAAUGGCGAUAGUAUAUCUCGUUCAUUGAACGUGUUUGCUUUAUCCUAUGCUUUGUGUGUUUCUAAAUAACUCAUUUAAUUAUAAUUUUAAUUUUGUGAUAUUUAGGUUUAUAAUUUGUUUUAAAAACAAAAUAUUUUUUGUUGAUUAAUCUAUGUUCAUGAAUACCACAAAAUAUUUUUCAGGAUAACAAAUGUCGUCCUUGCAAUUUAUUGUGCAUCCGGCUCCUGGGACUGAUGAUCAAUUGAAUGAUAGAUUUAAAGAAAUAUCAGAGCGAAUUAACCGAAAUAAUUCAGGCAAUAGUUCAUUUCUAUCUAGCAUUAAGUCUCCUAUCAAACAAAUAGUAGUUGGACCACACCACAUUGGCUUAUUAUUUGAAGAUGGAAGAGUGGCACGUAUUGCAUUCUCUGUACUCGCAGAUCGGUUGGAUUUAUCUAGAGCUACUGGAGAUACAAGUAAAAUCACUUCCAAAUCUAGUAAUGGUGGAAAUAAUAGUGGAAGUGGAGCUGGAGGAGGUAGUAGUUUAAGUUCUGCCACACGACAUUUAACUAGAAGAGCACGUAUCAUGAGAUCUGGAACUUUUCGUGGAACAUCAAGAUCAUCUGGCAGUGGUGUAAUAAUGAGUAGUAGCUCUUCAAGUGGAAGACCUGUGAUGCCUGCACAGUUCGUACCUGAAGAACUUGUAGCACAAGCACAGGUUGUAUUGCAAGGAAAAAGUCGAAAUUUAAUAAUACGAGAAUUACAGAGAACAAAUUUAGAUGUGAAUUUAGCUGUUAAUAAUCUUUUGUCUCGAGAUGAUGAAGAAGGUGAUGGGGAAGGAAGUGAUGAAGUUGGAGGUGGUCCAAGUGGAGAUUCCUAUGUUCCUGAAGACUUGAUGUCUUUAUUAGAUGGAGGAGGUUUUCACUCAGAUCAUUCAGUUAUCAUUGAUGCUGAUGCAAUUUUUUCUGAAGAUAUGUUCUCAUACUCAUCCUCAUCUAGAAGACCCGUAUUGACAUUUCGUAGGAGUGGUGCUCGACGAUUAGGCGAACGGGACCGUGUCAAUAAUAGUGACAAUUCUGGUGAUCGUAAUCUUGGAUCAAGUGAUAGAGAUAGUUUUACAAGAUGGAGAGACCGUCAUUGUUAUGGACAACAACAACAUAGACAAAGGCAACAACAAUGGUUAGAAGGAGCAUUAAGAGAUUCAGCUUGGGAUAAAGAUGCAGAAUCUAAAAAGAAAGAAUCUAGUGUGGGAACAUUUGAAUAUUCGGCUGAUUUGAAAAAAAAAGAAAAUAGCACUGGGAAUCCAUUAUGGUUAUCAGAUGAAAUAGAAUACUGGCCAGACUCUAAUGUGAAAUUUUUGCAAAUUGCUGCUAUUCAUUCAGAACUUAUUGCCCUUUCAUUUGGUGGACAACUGUAUCAGUGGAAAUGGGAUGAUGCUGACCCAUAUAAAUCAUUAGAUAGUAAUAUUCAUCAUCCAAAAACUAGUGCACUUGGCUUGAUUAACGAAAAGGUAGUUCUUCUUUCUGGAACUAUUGUACGUGUUUCUGUUGUAACAGAAUCAAACAAAGUAGCUACUUGGAUGGAUGAAAGCCUUACUCAUGCUGCUACUGCCUCAAAACUUGAACAUCCAGCUCAACUUUACACUGAAUUUGUUGUUGAUCAUAUUAUUUCUAUACAUACUUGUCCACUUUACACUUUAGUCCGCUUAGAAAGUGGAGCCUUGUAUUGGUGGGGAGUUCUACCAUUUAAUCAAAGACGUAAAAUAUGGGAUAAAUAUCGAACAAAAGCAAGAAAACAGAAAAGUAGUAACUUAAAUUCUGAUAUCAUAGUUGGUAGUCAAGUGUGUAUGAAAAAUAGCCCAUUAUACCAACCAGGAGCUAUAGGUAUAACAUUAUAUGGGGGUGAGCCUAAAAUUGGUCAAUUAUUAAAUUCAGCCUGGACCUAUGCUGAUGUAUGUAGAUUUCAAAUUUUAACUUCGCCUCAAAUUUUUCAAUCUCAGAAUAUUAAUAAUGCAGCUAAAUUUAAUAAUUUAGUUGACAAAACUAAAGAGACUGCUGAUAGAAUUGAUAUGCCACCUCCUCCUUCACCAGCAUCGAGUACUUGUAGUGAUGCUGGAAAUUCUGUUCAAAGUUCAAAGAGAACCAAGAGAGUUACUGUGAAAGGUCCUGAAGAUGACAAAAAUAUGGAAGAAGAUUGGCCAUUAAAAGAUGUCAUAUUUGUCGAAGACCAAAAGAGUUUACCAAUCGGUCGAGUUGUUCAUGUAGAUGGUUCAUAUGCUGCUGUUAAAUUCCCUUGUGCAUCAAAAGAAAAUAUUUCUGGAGUCUUAUCUAAAGAUAAAGAUAGUGCUUCAUCAGCUAACGAUGAUAUUGUUUCUAAUAUUAUUAAAAUGUUAGAUCAGCAUGAAGUUAGAUUAAUGAAAAAAGAUGAUCUACAGGUUUGUAAAGUAGCUGUUGCAAGUAAAGUACCUGAUUGUUUUCAAAGAACUCCAAGAAGAAUAAAUAUUCCUUCAGAUAAUGGAAAUCAAAUUUUAACAUUAACAGUUGAUGGACAAGGAAUUCAUGCAAUUGUUAAAAAUGGUUCAAAAAUAAGUUAUGUUAAAUUUAAUAUAACAAGUGGUAAAAUAGAACAAGAUAGUCCAUUUCCAGUAGAUUCUACUGCUAUAGUUGGUCUCAAUCCUGAUAACAUGCAAAUAUUAUGCACAGCUGAAAGUAAAGAUAACAUAUGUAUUUUAAGAGAUGGUAAUCGUACAAUUUAUCCAUUAGCAAAAGAUAGUACUGACUCUAUGCGAGAACCUCAGUGGUUAGAUUUAGGUCCUGUGCGGUGCAUUGGUAUUGGAUCACAUACAGUGAUGUCACCUUAUAUUAAAGCAGUUACUGCUAUAAUAGUUUUAGAUGUUGAACAGCAAAUUUUAAUGUCCCGAAUAUUAAAAUCUAAUUUUGAGUCAGUUAAAAUGCUAGUUCAACAGCUCACCAUUGAAAAUGAUAAUGGAGAACUUCUUUCACAAAUUUUGGCUGAAAGAUGUGAUGGUAACCGUAAUCUAUUUCAUGCUUGUGUAUCUGUAUGUGCACCUAUGUCCAAUAAAGAACAUGAUACUGAUAAUGAAAAUAUUUUGAAUCAGUCAAAUUCAAAUGUUGAUACUUUAAAUGUAAUUCAAAAAGCAUUUGGUGUUCGUUCAUCAUUUAGUUUGAGAGAAAUGAUGAGAAGAGCUUCAGCUGCUGUUAGAACUGGUUCUACAAACAAUUCAUCAGAUUCUGAGCCAAUGGAGAUGGCUGAAGAUGCUCAAAUACCCCCUGUAAAUGUGCCUGAACCUUGGCAAGAACCAGUUAAUGCAACAAUUCAACCACCUUCUGUUUUACCCAAUGAAGAUGAAGCAGUUCAAUCUGCACCAGCAAUAAAUCCAACAACUGAAAGGCGAAACAAUGCUUUAUCUAUAUUGAGGCUAUUAUGUGAAUCUAAUGUUUUUUCUCCAUAUCUUUUAGAUCUAUUAACAGCCAAAGAUGCCCAAGGAUUAACACCAUUUAUGUUAGCUAUUACUGUCAGAGCCUAUCCUGCUGCAUUAAUAUUGCUUGAUACUAUUCAUCGAGUGGUUUCUAAAGUAGUCAUACCACCUCCAGUGUUAGAAUUACAAGGUACAUCUUCUACCGAACAAGAAUAUGCUAUUAAAAAUGUUAUGAAUGCUUGGAGAUCAUCAACUGCUGGAGCUAGUCCUAGUUCGUCUACUAAUAAAAUGGCAUCGGAUUUGACAACACAACCCGUGCCUUCAUUUAAAAAUGCUACUAAUAACUUUGAGUUAACCCACCCAUGGACUAUAAAUUCUACUGGAUUACCACAACAACAACCCAGUGAUUUUUCUAAAGGAUUUUUUACAAUUCCACCACCUCCUCCACCACUCCCAUUGACAUCUUUAUAUAAGACACAUAUGUGGUAUACUGACAGGUCAAUGUUUGUUGAAAAUGAAAAAGAAAAAAUAUCUAAAGCAAAAGAAGUAUUAUCUUCAAUGAUUUAUCCUAGUGGAUCUAACCCAGAUUAUUGUCCAUUGCAUGUGCUUUGUUGUAAUGAUACUUGUAGUUUCACGUGGACUGGUGCAGAACAUAUUAAUCAGGAUAUAUUUGAAUGCCGCACUUGUGGUUUAACAGGUUCAUUAUGUUGCUGUACAGAAUGUGCUAGAGUCUGUCAUAGAGGACAUGAUUGCAAAUUAAAAAGAACAUCUCCUACAGCAUACUGUGACUGUUGGGAAAAAUGUCGUUGCAAAGCAUUAGUACAAGGUCACCAAGUUUCUAGAUUUCAACUAUUAAGUAGAUUAAUCAAUGAAACUGAUUUAGUCACUCAUUAUAAUUCGAGGGGGGAGAGCAUAUUGUUAUUUUUAGUACAAACUGUUGGGCGGCAGACAAAUGAACAAAGGCAAUAUAAUAGAUCUUCUAGGCAAAGAGCAGCAUCUAGAAAAACACCUUCAUCUGAUAUUGAAAUGGAUAUGCCAGAUCACGAUUUAGAACCACCUCGUUUUAGUAGAAAAGCUCUUGAAAGAUUAUUGAACGAUUGGCAUGCUGUUAAAGCUAUGAUUAUGUCUGGAGUUAAAAAUGAUGCUGAAAACAAAUCAUCUGAUCAACAAUGUUUAAAAAAUCAAUCUGGAACAACAUUUUUAGACAAAUUUAUGCACUGUUUACUUUUUAAAUGCAAUGCUGAUGUAUUAGCUAAUUCUAAUUUGAUGGUUGAUGCUAUAGUUGCAACUAUUGUUAAAGAACUUCACAAUCCUAUGUCUAAUUUAACUGAAGUCAAUAUGAUAGCGAGGCGUUUCAUUCGAUCUGUUAUACGAGUAUUUGUUGUUUAUAGUGUUGAGUUAGCACCUCAAAAUAAUAAACGGCGCAUGCUUGGAAAUUUAUCAUCUCCAUUUGCUCGCGCUCGGCGUAUAUUUCAAUCAAUGAUGAAACUUUCAAUUGAAGAACUUUGUGAAACAGCUGAAAGUUUAAUUGCUCCAGUCCGACUUGGUGUUGCAAGACCUACUGCUCCAUUUACCUUAUCCAAUUCGAAUCCAGAUCAACAAAGUUAUGAAGAAAUUUUUUUUGUCGAACCUAUGGCACCUAAUAAUUUAAGUGCAAGUGAUCAAAUAGAAGGAUCUAAUGAUCGUGGACAAUCUCAGAAUGAUCAACCACAAAUUGACAUAGAAUUAGAGGAUGAAAUGGCAGAUAAUAAUGAUGGAGAUGGAAGUGACACUGAAGAUGUUAUGGGUAAUGGACUUGACAAUCGUGUUGAUUUGGGACCAAAUAGUAUUCCAGAUACAAAUCAACAGGGUGCAGUUGAUCCAGAAUCUGAUACUGAAGAUAUGCUUGUUGAAACAGAUUCAGAUUCUGAUCAGAGUAAUCAAGAUGGUGGUGGUCAAAGAAGUGUUCAAACUGGUGCUACAGCUGGAUCAGACACUGAUGAUGAAUCAGGAGAAUCUACUCAACAAGAAGAUGGGGAAGAAUCUGAAGCAGGUGAAACAGAUGAGUUGGACACUGAAGAAUUUCUUGUAUCAGAAGAUCAGUUAGAAAGAAGAGCUACUACUUCUGGUCAAGGACAUAGAAAUAAUUUAGCUCCACAAUCCAUGCAAUGGGCUAUUAGAAAUAGAGAUCCAACUACUAGAACAGCAACAGGUUUUAGAGUUGCAUCAGGAAAUUCUUUGGUUUUUAUUGACCCAUCAUCAUUAAGACGUUCAGCUGUUGCAGCAGUCAGUAAUAAUACUAGCAAUUCUGGUAGCGGAAGCAAUAAUGCAGCAGCUGCUGCUGCUGCUGCUGUUGCAUCUGCUGCAGCCGGCUUAAAUGACUCAAUCACUAUAGCUACUACUGCUUCCAGUUUAGCUCGAGCAUUUGCAGUAGUGAUUAGACAAAUAGCUGAUUUAUUAGUUACUUCUAUAAAUGAUCCACCAGCUUUGCCAAUUCCUAUACGCAUUUCAGCUCAAGAUACUUAUAACUUACAAAAUAUUAUUGAAAAAUCAUUGAAACCAACUUGGGAUUGGUUAAUGGCAAUUAUGGAUUCAACAGAAGCUCAACUUAGAUUUGGUGCUUCACUAACUCAAUCAUCAGAUCCUCAACAUCCAAGACAUCCAUUACAUUCUAAUAAUUCUUCUAAUCCUAUAUCCGCUUCAUCUUCAGGUUCUAGCAAUAGUAACUCUGCUGUUGAGCCUCGCCGUGAGUUCAUUUCUUACUGUCUGUCUUUAAUGAGAGCUCAUAGUAAUGAACAUGGAGAUUCAUUACCAGUUUUAGAUGUUUCGUCAUUAAAACAUGUUGCUUAUGUUUUGGAUGCUCUUGUAUAUUAUAUGCGUGCUGAUACAGCAGCUGUAAAUUGUCAAGCAAUAACACCUCCUAUUAUCUCAGAAACUGUUGAAAAUGAAGCAUGGAAUAUAGAUCAGGAUGAAAAUGAUAAUGAAGAAAAUGAUGAAGAAAUCAAUAGUUCAGUUACAAACAUAAAUACAUCAUCUAAUCUUAGAUUUGUUGAUAUGGAUUCAAAUAUUCGAGGUCGACGUCAUGCUUUCUUCCAAAGAUCAGAUUCUACUUUAUGCUUAGGGUGUCCUCCUCCUGAUCCGUUUGAAACACCAAUGACUCAAGCAAUGCCCUUAGCAGACCAGCCUCAAUUGUUGCAGCCAAAUGCUAGAAAAGAAGACAUGUUUGGUUCGCCAAAAAUUAGUGCUCCUUUGGAUGGUUCUAAUGAAGGUUUACCAUCAAGACUAAGUUUAUCAGGUCGUAUUGAUAAUAAUAAUGAACAAACAACUAAAGAACAAGAAAGGAAAAAUCAAGAUACUGAACCUGAAGAUCUCUCUGUCCGGCCAAAAGUUAUUGAACAGUCAAAUGAAGUCCCUUCAUAUUGCAACAGUAGUGAUACACCUGAAAUAUCUCAACACAACUCUGACUCAGAUUCUUCAAAAAGAAAUAGGGAUAUUAUAAUUGUUCCACCUACUAGCUAUGGCAUAGAAACUACAUCUUCUGUACUUAAAAGUGUCAUUGUGCGUGCUCCUGGUAGCAAUUCAUCUACUUCUAAUUCUUCAAAUGUUUUAACAAAAUCUAAUUCAGAUAUUAAUGAAGACAGUCGUAAUUCAAAUUCUGAAAUUUCAAAACAAAUUAACAAAGGAAAUAGACUAGGUGAAAGUGUAUCUCAUGAUUUGUUGCUUGGUCGUUGGCGAUUGACUUUAGAUUUAUUUGGACGUGUAUUUAUGGAAGAUGUAGGCUUAGAACCUGGAUCAGUUGUAUCAGAACUCGGAGGAUUUCCAGUUAAAGAAGCCAAAUUUCGAAGAGAUAUGGAAAAAUUAAGAAAUCAACAAAAUCGAGAUCUCACAUUAUCCAAAUUGGAACGUGAUCGCAAUCAAUUAAUUCUAAUGACAUUUAAAGAGUUAAACAACCAAUACAAUUCUUAUCAUCGAAGAACAUCGAGUUCUCAACCCUGUUUGGCAGUCAAUCGUGUAAAAGUCACAUUUAAAGAUGAGCCUGGAGAAGGUUCAGGUGUCGCUAGGUCUUUCUACACAGCUUUGGCAGAAGCUAUUCUGUCAUGUGAAAAAUUACCAAAUCUCGAGUCUGUUCAAGUUGGUGGACGAUAUUCUCAAUAUACAGUACUUCAACGUCUGAGAAACCGUGAGCGUACAGAAUCUCCUAGAAUUAGACAUGCUCCUUUAUCACCUCGAGUACCAUCAAGACGUACUGAACGAAGUGAUCGAGAUCAACGUAGAACAUUAUCAGUGGAUGCUCGUUCAUUUGUUCCUAAUUCAGGAACAGCUGAUGUAAAUCCUAAUUCUCAUCUUACACCUCACCAGCAACAACUUGGGGAGCGACUGUAUCCUAAGGUUGUUCAAAUUAGACCCAGUUUAGCUAGUAAAAUUACUGGAAUGCUUUUAGAAUUGUCCCCUGCUCAACUUUUAACAUUAUUAGCAUCUGAAGAAGCAUUAAGAAUGCGUGUUAAUGAAGCAAUUGCGCUACUUAUGCAAACUGUUGAGAUACCAUCACUAGUAGAUGUUCCUCAUCCAUUACCACCUGCAGAUAGUUUACUAGAAGAUGUUGAUUUAUUUUUGAGUCUUUCUGAACAACAUGGCUCUAAAACUGCUGCUACUCCAGUAAAAGAGAAUGUUCCAGAAGAAAAUGCUACUGAAGAAACUUUAGAAGAUAACAUGCCAUUAUUUUAUUGUCCUGGAAAACAAGGAUUUUACUCACCUCGUCAAGGAAAAGCAUCAUAUGAACGUCUUAAUGCAUUUAGAAAUACUGGGAGAUUGAUUGGACUAUGUUUACUGCAAAAUGAAUUGUGUCCAAUGUAUUUUAAUCGCCACGUUCUCAAAAUUCUUUUGGGAAGAACAAUUAGAUUCCAUGAUUUAGCAUUUUUUGAUCCUGUUAUGUAUGAAAGCUUGAGGCAGCUUGUGUUAGAUGCUGAAUCUAAAGAUAAAGAAUCUUUGUUUUCUGCUCUAGAUUUAAACUUUAGUAUUGACCUCAGUCAAGAAGAAGGAGGUGGUAGUGUGGAGCUAGUAAAUUGUGGUGUAGACAUUGAAGUAACUCCAAACAACGUCUAUGAUUAUGUUAGAAGAUAUGCUGAAUUUAGGAUGUUCAAAACUCAAGAAAAAGCAUUUCUUGCCCUUAGAUCUGGUGUUUUUGAUGUAAUACCAGAGAGUUCGUUGGAUGGACUAACAGCUGAAGAUUUAAGAUUAUUAUUGAAUGGUGUAGGGGAUAUAAAUGUUCCUCUAUUAAUAUCUUAUACUAGUUUUAAUGAUGAAUCUGGAUUAGCAACUAGUGAUAGACAAAUUAAAUUUAAGCGUUGGUUGUGGUCCAUUGUUGAUAAGAUGACACCUUCAGAACGUCAGGAUUUGGUGUACUUUUGGACAGGAUCUCCUGCUCUACCAGCUUCUGAAGAAGGCUUCCAACCCAUGCCCAGUGUAACUAUGCGACCAGCUGAUGACUCCCAUCUCCCUACAGCAAAUACAUGUAUAUCUAGAUUAUAUAUACCUCUAUAUAGUAGCCGAUCUAUAUUAAGACAUAAAUUAUUAAUUGCCAUAAAGACUAAGCAUUUUGGAUUUGUUUGAAAAAUUUUAGUAUGUAAAAUAUUGCAUUAAGUGAAAAUACUAAAAAUAAAAAAUUAUAUGUUCUUUUUUUUUUUUUUUUUUUGACAAGUUAAAAUAUCACGUUUAUUUGUUUUUAUUUUAAAUUCCUAACAUUUUAAUUUUUGUGGCUGGGCAUUGAAAAAUCUUAUUGUUUUUAUUUCAUACCCAAGUUUUACUUGAAUAAAUGUAUAUGUAUUUAUUAAUA